GCCAGUCUCUAAAGUUUCCGCCAGAGUCAAGACAAGUCUAGGCUUUCUAGAAGUGGCAUGGCAGGUAUAAAACACGGGUCGAGGCAGUCGAAGAAAGACAACUCAAGCAACUUCAAGAGCUGAAGUGUCCGCUCUCUUAAGCGCAAGAAGAAACGUGAUUACUUGUAAUCCAUAAAUAAUAAAAAAAUAUGUCUAAAGGUGUGUCCAUUGGCAUUGAUCUGGGAACCACUUACUCCUGUAUUGGGGUGUUCCAGAAUGGCGAAGUGGAAAUCAUUGCUAAUGAUCAAGGUAACAGAACAACACCAAGCUAUGUUGCCUUCACAGACACAGAAAGACUCAUCGGAGAUGCUGCCAAGAACCAGGUCGCCUUGAACCCCAACAACACAAUAUUUGAUGCCAAACGGCUGAUUGGAAGAAAGUUUGAUGAUCCAGUGGUCCAAUCUGACAUGAAGCUCUGGCCCUUCAAGGUCAUCAGUGAAGGCGGCAAACCAAAAGUUCAAGUUGAGUACAAAGGAGAGACAAAGAUAUUUUACCCUGAAGAGAUCUCAUCCAUGGUCCUAGUCAAAAUGAGAGAGAUUGCCGAAGCCUACCUGGGUCAGAGAGUUAACAACGCUGUCAUCACAGUCCCAGCAUAUUUCAACGAUUCACAGAGGCAAGCUACCAAAGAUGCUGGGGUAAUUGCUGGUUUGAACGUGCUCCGAAUUAUCAAUGAGCCCACCGCGGCUGCCAUCGCCUAUGGGCUGGACAAGGACAGGAAAGGAGAGAGAAAUGUCCUAAUCUUCGACCUAGGCGGUGGUACCUUUGAUGUAUCCAUCCUGACGAUUGAGGAUGGAAUCUUUGAGGUGAAGGCCACAGCAGGGGACACUCACUUGGGAGGGGAGGACUUUGACAACCAACUGGUAAAGCACUUUGUUGAGGAGUUUAAGAGGAAGCACAAGAAUGACAUCAGUCAGAAUAAGAGAGCUGUGAGGAGGCUUCGCACGGCCUGUGAAAGAGCUAAAAGAACCCUCUCAUCUAGCUCUCAGGCCAGCAUUGAGAUCGAUUCCCUGUUUGACGGCAUCGAUUUCUAUACUUCCAUCACAAGGGCUCGCUUUGAAGAGCUUAACUCAGAGCUCUUUAGAGGCACGCUGGAUCCAGUUGAGAAGGCCUUGAGAGACGCUAAAAUGGACAAGUCCCAAAUCCAUGAAAUUGUUUUGGUUGGUGGCUCCACAAGGAUCCCCAAAAUCCAGAAGCUUUUGCGAGACUUCUUCAACAGCAGAGAACUCAACAAGAGCAUAAAUCCAGACGAGGCAGUGGCAUAUGGAGCAGCAGUGCAAGCAGCUAUCCUGAUGGGCGACACCUCAGAAAACGUUCAGGACUUGUUGCUUCUGGACGUGGCUCCUUUGUCCCUGGGUAUUGAGACAGCAGGUGGAGUCAUGACUGCUCUCAUCAAACGCAACACCACCAUCCCCACCAAGCAGAUGCAGAUCUUCUCCACAUAUUCUGACAACCAGCCAGGUGUCCUAAUCCAGGUGUUUGAAGGCGAGAGGGCCAUGACCAAAGAUAAUAAUUUGCUCGGCAAGUUUGAGCUCACGGGUAUCCCGCCAGCACCACGAGGCGUACCCCAAAUUGAGGUGACCUUUGACAUUGAUGCCAAUGGCAUACUGAAUGUAUCUGCUGUGGACAAAAGCACAGGAAAAGAGAACAAAAUAACCAUAACAAACGACAAAGGGAGACUGAGCAAAGAGGAGAUUGAGCGGAUGGUCCAGGAUGCAGAAAAGUACAAAGCCGAGGAUGAAGUGCAGAGAGAGAAGAUUGCAGCAAAGAACUCCCUGGAGUCAUACGCCUUCAACACGAAGAACAUUGUUGAGGAUGAAAACCUGAAAGGAAAGAUUAGUGAAGAUGAGAAGAAGAAGGUUAUUGAUAAGUGUAAGGAGGUUAUCACUUGGUUGGAGAAUAAUCAGCUGGCAGAAAAGGAAGAGUACAAGCACCAUCAGGAGGAACUGGAAAGUGUAUGUAAUCCAAUUAUCACUGGGCUGUAUCAGGGAGGGGUUCCCCGCACAGGUGGCUGUGGAUACCAAGCCCAGCCUGAAUCACAGGGCCCCACCAUUGAGGAGGUGGAUUAAAGAGAGAAAGAAAAAAAAUUGGCCUUAUUUUUGACCUUAUCUGACAUACAGCCAUGCUAUAUUUCUUUCAGUUUUAUUUUAAAUAUGAUGCCCUUAUGUGAUGCUACUAGAUUUAUUUGUGCUAUAUUAUUUUUGUAUCUUGCUUGUCAAAAGUCCCUGAAUGUAAAACA